UGUGGUGCUGGUGUUAUGUGACACAAUUAAUUUACGCUCACAAAAAUAAAUGAAGCUAAUCAACAGUGUUAUAAAAUGAAAUGUUAUUAAAAUAAUUAUUGACCUAAUGUGCAUGGAAAUGAAUUUACAGACAUUGUUUCAGGAUUUUAAUCCUAGCAAAUUCGUGGUGCACACUUGUUUGCUAAUAUUUACUGCAUUAUUGGCUUUGAAAUUGGAUAAAACUAUUACAUGGUCGUACUGGGCUGUGUUUACCCCCAUAUGGAUAUGGAAAUUUUUAGUUGUUCUUGGUGCCAUAGUUGGCACGUAUGUAUGGUGGCAGUACCCACACUUCAGAUUAGAAGGUGAAGCAUACAUUCACUAUAAAGCUAUGCUAAUAAGUCUUGCUAUACAUUUAAUCUUGUUGAUGUUUGAACUCCUUGUAUGCGACCAGUUGAGUACUAGCAGACAUUUAUGGAUACUGGUUUUCAUACCUUUAAUAUUCAUUAGUAUUGUAUCCAUUGCAAUUUGCAUAUGGUCUGUGAAACAUGAUCGUAGCUAUGAGCUUGAAUUAUUUUGUGCUGUAAAUAUUCUACAGUUUAUAUUCUUGGCAUUAAAGCUUGACACCUUUAUACAUUGGUCAUGGGAGGUUGUGUUUGUGCCAUUAUGGAUACUAAUGUGCCUGAGCCUUGUAGGUGAGUGGGUCUUAUACAGUAUAAUAUUUGCUGGUAUAUUGUUACGAACACCGGAGGUCAAUGUACAGCAACGACGGACUAGCUUCAAUACAGCACUGGCUUACACAUUUACUGUCAUACCAAUAUUAGUGUUCCAGGUGCUUCUAACAAAUAAAUUGGAUAAUCGUGAUGAAUUAUCAUCAUUUUCUUAUAUCGUGGUUGUAAGCCCACUGUUUAUUAGCUACGCUACCCUCAUUGUUAUGUCCUUCAGUUCUAAAGGAGGUAACAAAUGGUGGUUUGGUAUAAGGAAAGAUUUCUGUCAGUUUCUACUGUCAGUAUUUCCUUUAUUACAAGAAUAUGCGAACAUAGCAUACAAUAAUAAUGUAAACCGCUCAAGUAUGCCGAGCGAACCUGUCACACAAGAGCCGUACAGAGACGAGGAGACACAUAAAAAGGUAAAAGAUAAAAAAUCACAAAAGAAUCAAAAGAAAAACGAAGCAAUGAAACCGGUGGUGCCGGUGACCAGUAUAGAUAUGCCGGAUUGACGUAAGUAUAGUGAUGCUUUUUUAAUGUGAAUUUUAAAUGGGCCCUUACAAAUAUAUAGUGUCCUUUUCCAGCAUCAGCUCUUUUGAAUGUCAAUAAAAGCUAAUGUUUAAUAUUAGAUCAUAAGGAACAAAGACAUAUGUUGACUUUAAAAAGGGAAGGGGGUACUUAAGUCCCAAUUUGGGGGGUUAGUGAAAAAAUAAAAAAUUAAAAAAGUAGUAUGCUGUUUUAAAAAAUGUAUCAAGUUCACUUAAAAAAUCUUAAUGUAAGAUUAGACUAUUAUGUUUAUUUUGGAAUUAUCUCUCUAUAAAUACUAUAUUGUAUUAUCUUCUUUAUAUAUAUAAUUCUUCUGUGAGUGUGUAUGUCACUGAACUUCUCUCAAACGAUUGGACCGAUUUUGAUGAAAUUUUUUGUGUGUGUUCAAGGGGAUCUGGGAAUGGUUUAGAUUCAUAAUUUUCAUCAAAUAUUAACUUCAUAUUAAUUUAUUCAAAUUAAAGACAGGACAACGUCUGUCGGGUCCGCUAGUUAUUUAUAUUAUUUGAUUUGACAACAAAAAUCUCGAGACGGCAUUAAAUUUUUUCAUCAUAUAAUUUGUAACAAUGUUUAGAAAAUGUUAAACCUUUUUUUGUUCCUCAAUACAUGAACUAGAAAAUUUGACUUGGAAUGAAUUUUAUGUAUUUUUCUAUCCUUUGUUCUAUUUGGCUUGUUAAUAUGUAAGGGCCUUUAUCUUUGUAAAUGAAAUACUGUGUGUUCACUUGUUAUACAUUUAAAUAGCUUCUA